UGGGACCCGCAAACGUAGCCACCCUCUUUCUGCUUUUUCCCGGUCUCUGUCUCAACUCUCCUCGGGCAAGGGCAUCGUACAGGCCACCCCAGGAAGAUCCGUCAUAGCCUGAAGUCAAGACAGGGCCUGCCAGGGGAUCGCGAGUAAAAAUAAUCCAUCUCAGGACAACCCGAGCAGCCCACGGCAGGAUUGACGCACACUCCUGCAGCUAAGCCGCGAUACUUGCAAGCCCUACGGACCUGCAACGUGUCAGGGACACAUCAUUCCAAACCCGCCGUGUGUGCGAGCUGCAAGAGCCCAAGCAAAUUACAAUAACGCCAGCAGCCGCUGCAGGUAGCCAAAUAUGUCGGACUCCCCCCAAUCUCCUCCCAAGGAUGUCGACCAAGGUGUACAAUCACCGGAAGAGGAACAAAUGAACGAGCCUCAAGACCCACAGUCCGGCGGGCUCACCUAUGAGUUCGAAGUUAAGGAGCAGGACCGCUGGUUGCCCAUAGCCAAUGUGGCCCGCAUCAUGAAGAAUGCUCUGCCAGAGAACGCCAAGAUUGCCAAAGAAGCCAAAGAAUGCAUGCAAGAAUGCGUCAGCGAGUUUAUCUCAUUCAUCACAAGCGAAGCUUCGGAGAAGUGCCACCAGGAGAAGCGAAAGACGGUGAACGGAGAAGACAUCCUAUUUGCUAUGACUUCACUGGGAUUUGAGAACUACGCAGAAGCUCUCAAGAUCUACCUCUCCAAGUACCGAGAACAGCAAUCACAGUCAAACAGAGGAGAGGGAGCGCACCGCCCUAGCAGUAGCGGCUACGGCGCCAACCCUCCAACCGGAGCUGGAAGCUUCCAGGCCGAGCCCCAGAACAACGUGCUUGGAGGUCAGCAGGCAGAUGGAAGCGCCGACGCCCAGGGCUAUAUGUACGGCGCACAAACCAGUCACAAUGGCACUGGUGGCGGCGACGGCUACCAGUGAACAGCUCGAUCGCUGUUUGGAUAGUGCGGGUACGCAAGGACAA